GUGUUGAUGCUUCAAGCUAACCGCUUCUCACUAUGAAACCUCCUCAUUUGCAUCCAAACUAAACCAUUAUACCACACCAACUCCGCCUCGAUCAGUUAAACAGAACCCACAGGGUUAAAAUAGACCGAUCAGAGGCGUUUAUAACGUUUAAAAGAGGUCCAUAAUGUCGAUUGAGUACGAGGAGCAGCUAGCCGGAAGCCUGGUGGACUCUUUCCCGAAAGAUUUCGGCUACGGUGUGGAAAACAUGGACAUGAUGCAGGAGAACCUAGAGAACUCUCCGUCUUCCGACAAUAAACCCAGAAUACUGCUCAUGGGACUGAGGCGCAGUGGAAAAUCUUCAAUACAGAAGGUGGUGUUUCAUAAAAUGUCUCCCAACGAGACGCUGUUCCUGGAGAGCACUAACAAGAUCUACAAGGACGACAUCUCCAGCAGUUCCUUCGUGAACUUUCACAUAUGGGACUUUCCGGGACAGGUGGACUUUUUCGACCCGACCUUCGAUUACGAGAUGAUUUUCAGGGGCACCGGUGCUUUGAUUUUCGUCAUUGAUGCUCAGGAUGACUAUGUUGAGGCAUUAGGGCGGCUUCAUCUGACGGUGUCGCGGGCGUUCAGGGUGAAUCCAGAGAUCAAUUUCGAGGUGUUCAUACACAAGGUGGACGGUUUAUCAGAUGAUCAUAAGAUAGAGACACAGAGAGACAUUCAUCAGAGAGCUAAUGAUGAUCUAGCCGAUGCCAGCUUGGAAAAGCUUCACCUUAGUUUCUAUCUCACCAGCAUCUAUGAUCACUCUAUAUUUGAGGCCUUCAGUAAAGUGGUCCAAAAACUCAUCCCUCAACUGCCCACACUAGAAAACCUCCUCAACAUAUUUAUUUCUAAUUCCGGGAUUGAGAAAGCAUUCCUGUUCGACGUAGUGAGUAAGAUCUACAUCGCCACAGACAGUUCACCAGUGGACAUGCAAUCGUAUGAGCUCUGCUGUGACAUGAUCGAUGUCGUCAUUGAUGUCUCUUGUAUUUACGGCCUGAAAGAUGAGAGCAACAGCAACGCUUACGAUAAGGAGUCUCUGGCCAUUAUAAAGCUGAAUAACACCACAGUGCUUUACUUGAAGGAGGUCACCAAGUUCCUGGCGCUUGUCUGUAUUCUAAGAGAAGAGAGCUUCGAGAGGAAAGGUUUGAUAGACUACAACUUCCAUUGCUUUCGGAAGGCCAUCCAUGAGGUAUUCGAGGUGAGCAGCUCCUCCCAGAGGAUGGGAGCGGCGGUGCAGUCCAGCCCCCCUAUUUGCAGCAGCAACGGUCUGAGCCGGCUCAAAUCUGCAGCUCUGAACGGUACACCCAGAAGCCUCGUUUAACCCAGGAUACACAGACCUUAAAGAGCACAGGGCCUUCACACUAGUGCGCUGAGCGUGCACUGACGUACACAGUUUUUCUCGAGUUAUACCUGCUGUUCCAGGUGCACAGAGACAAAACAGAAGACUCACACAUAACUAUAUUGCUGCUUUUAUAUGAAACCGUGAUGUGUGUGUGUCUGUGUGUGUAUGCAAACACAGUAUCAGCUAUUAUAAAGAGGAGAAAUUGAAAACUUGUGCAAUUUAGCCAACAAAGUGACACGCAAUGAAAUGACGCAGAAUGACCAUGCACCCUAAGCAAACAAUCUAGUGAGCUGCCUACCUAGAUGGCAUUUGUGGCAUCAUAAUUUGCCUGUUAUGUGUCUAGGUAGCUCACUACGUUUUGAGACAGCCCACGUUUCAGGGGUUUGAGAGUAAAUGUAAACAUGAACAGGUCACAUUUACUUCAAAAUCAAAAGAAGGAAAUAAGAACUUAGAUUUUGCAUUAGGGGAAUUAAGCCUAUUUUAAGAUAUAAGGAUUUUUUGCAUUGUGGCAUUAUUUUCAUGGCAGUUAAGACCAGUCCCACCCAAUUCUUUUUACUGUAAUGGUGCCUUUUUUUGUUGUUGUUGAUUUUGUUUGUAAUUACCAUUAUUCUCAAUGGUGAAUUUUCAUACAGAAUUUCUUUACUGUUUUAUAGGGGGAAAAUCCUGUAAUACAACAACUGUUUAUUUAUUCAGCAUAAAUAUGAAGGCAAUAUCUUGGUAGUGAAAAAUUAGGGAAAUGUGCUUAAUUGUCAUGAAAAUACAUUUAUAAUAAUACAAAUAAAAAGAAUUCAGUUGUCCUAAAAAUAGUUUACACUUUAAGCAAAAUAUUAUUUGUAUUUCUUUCCUUUGAUUUUUGGGGAUAUAUAUAUAUAUAUAUAUAUAUAUAUAUAUAUAUA